UUUUUAUUUCUAGUGCGCAAGCGCAUUCGAUACUUCCUUUCAAAACCCAAACAUGUCGAAGAGAGGUCGUGGAGGUUCUGCGGGAGGUAAAUUCCGUAUCUCUCUGGCUCUACCAGUUGGCGCCGUCAUCAACUGUGCUGACAACACAGGUGCCAAGAAUCUGUACGUUAUUGCUGUGCAGGGUAUUAAGGGUCGUCUUAACAGAAUGCCAGCAGCAGGUGUUGGAGACAUGAUUGUCGCUACAGUCAAAAAGGGCAAACCAGAACUUAGAAAAAAGGUACUUCCUGCUGUGGUGAUACGACAGAGGAAACCUAUUCGGCGGAAAGAUGGCUCUUUUAUAUACUUUGAAGACAAUGCAGGGGUUAUAGUAAACAAUAAAGGAGAAAUGAAAGGUUCUGCAGUCACUGGUCCUGUUGCAAAAGAAUGUGCAGAUUUGUGGCCCCGUAUUGCUUCAAAUGCCAGCUCUAUUUGUUGAAAAUAAAAAAAAUAAAUGUAAAGAAAAUAGAA